UCUCUCGCGCGCGUAUGCUUCGUCCCCAAGCAAUGCAUCGCUUCAAAAGCUCCCCUCCGCAUCAAAACCCUAACCCUAACCCUAACCCUAAUCCAAACCCUAACAAUGGCGGAUUCCCCUUCUCCUCCUCCUCCUCCGCCGCAUCUGGAUCUCGGCAAUCUGAAGGCGCUCUCCGUCCUCGGCCGCGGAUCCAAGGGCGUCGUCUUCCUCGUCCGCCUCGCCGGAGGGGGGGAGGAGGAGCCGCUCCUCGCCCUCAAGGCCAUGUCCCGGGCGGCGCUCGAGCGCCGGAGCUUGUCCGGCGACGGCGGAGGGGGCGGCGCGUAUCGGAGGGUGCGGGUGGAGAGGGACGUGCUCGGGGCGCUGCGGCACCCGCUCCUCCCCGCGCUCCGCGGCGUCGUCUCCACGGAGAAGGUCGUGGGGUUCGCCAUGGAGCGGUGGUGCUGCGGCGGCGACCUCGGCGCGCUGCGGCGGCGCCAGGCCGACGGGAUGUUCUCCGACGAGGUCAUCCGCUUCUACGCGGCGGAGCUUGUGCUUGCGUUGGAGUAUCUCCACGGAUUAGGGAUUGUGCAUCGCGAUCUCAAGUCGGAGAACAUCCUCAUCCAGGACGAUGGCCACCUGAUGCUCGUCGACUUCGACCUCGCCGCCAAACUCCCUAACCGAUCUCCUUCGCCUUCGCCUUCGCCUUCGCCACCGCCGACUGUCUCCGUCGCCUCCUCCGUAGGUAAGAAGAAAAAGAAGGUGAGGAAAAAGCGCCUUUCGUCGCACUUCUGCCUCUCGGGCGAUCCCGAAGUGUCUCCGGAGACUGCCGCCGGCCCGCCACCGCUAGAGGCGGAGCCCGCGAUGUCGUCGUCAAAGUCGAACUCGUUUGUCGGGACGGAGGACUACGUGGCUCCUGAGGUCGUGGCCGGAGGCGGCCAUGACUUCGCAGUUGACUGGUGGGGCCUCGGGGUGGUUCUCUAUGAGAUGCUGUACGGGCGCACGCCCUUUCGGGGGCAAAACCGGAAGGAGACAUUUUACCGGAUCGUGGCGAAGGACCCGGACCUGGUGGGGGAGAGAACGCCGCUGCGGGAUCUGAUCGCGAGGCUGCUCGAGAAGGACCCGGCGAAGCGGAUCGCGCGCGAGGGGGUGAGGCGGCACGCGUUCUUCCGAGGGGCGGAUUGGGAAUCCGUGCUGACGGUCGCCAGGCCGCCGUUUAUCCCUCCACCGCGGGCGGAACGGGAGAACGAGGAUUACGACGCGAUCGACGUCGAGAAAGUGGUCGACCAAGUGUUCGAACGCGGCGGCGACGCGGCCAAAGGAGGAAAGGGUGAGAAGGUGGAGGAGAAGAACAGCUGUGAAGAGCAAGUGAGAGACUCUCCUCAAACUGAUGAUUUUUCCGUGUUUUAACUUAAUGAUUAUUUUAUUUAUUUAUUUAUUUAUUUAUUUAUAUUUUUUUUUGCCGGUUUAAG